AUGUCAACCCCCGUGGAGGAGAUUCCGGCUCCUAAAUAUUCCGAAGAGAAGAGAAAGGACAAGACCGGCGACAACCAACCUUCCGAUGAUGGCACCUACGUCAACGAGCCGUCGAAUGAGGGCCAAGGGAGCCAUCUCCGUGUGAAUACCACUCACGAUGAUCUUGAUAUCACUGCAUUGCGGUCUCCCUCGGCCUCGAGGGAGCAAGCCAUGCGUCUUGAAGAUGAUCUAGCGGUUCUGGAAGCAGAGCGCGUGGCAUCUCGCUCGACUCGAGACGAGACAAACGAGAAAGAGAACGGACUGGAAAAUGGCGAGACCAACUCCAUUUCGCGAACUCGGUCGCGUCGCUCGCAAAACGUGGACGAAUUCGACGAGGCAACCAACCCAUUGCACGAGAAAGCCGCCGUUUACAAUCCGCCGGAAAACCCCAACACCAGCUUUGCCAAAUUCAUCAAGAAAAUCCAUGAAUCCAGCUUUAUCGUUCGAUAUCUUACGUACAUCGUGCCUCUGGUCGUCAUUCUGCUCAUUCCCUUGUUGGUCGGUGCCCUGGCUUUUCCCGAUGCCAAUGUGGGAGGCGUUCAGCUGCUUUGGUUCUCCGUCUGGUUGGAAAUUGUUUGGUUGACAUUGUGGGCCGGAAGAAUUGUAGCCAAACUUCUUCCUAUCCCCAUAGGAAUCCUCGCGAGUGUGUUCACCAACAAUGCAAAGAAAUGGCGCGAUUUGGCGAAGCAAUUGGAGCUUCACGCCACUCUGUUCUUCUGGUGGCUCGGAGUGGAAAUCUCUUUCCUACCUACUAUGAAAAGUCAUCACGUUGAUGGCGACAAGAGGACCCGGAGCUGGGAGAAAACUGUCAACACUAUCAUCAUUGCAAUCUUCGUUUUCGUCAUUCUGAAUCUCAUCGAGAAGUUCAUCAUCCAACUGAUUGCGAUCAGCUUCCACACGCGGACCUACGCCGAUCGCAUUGAAAUCAACAAGUUCCAGAUUGGCAGUUUGACCAAACUGUACGAUUUCUCCCGGACCAAGCUUGCGAACGAGGACGACGAUUUCGACAACGGACAGGAAAAGGAGAACACCGGAAUCAAGACUCCCUUGCAAUUCGCGGGCAUGGCCCAGCGAGCUGCCAAGGGUGCUUUGAACAAGGUGGGCGACGUGGCGGGCGCAGUGGCGGCGGAUUUCACCGGACGCAAAGCCACCAACAGCACGCACCCCUAUCAGGUCGUGUUGACCCUGCUGCGGACCACAACCGGCUGCCAGGUUCUCGCGCGCCGUCUGUACCGCACCUUCGUGCGCAAUGGAUUCGACACGGUUUUCUCGGGUGACUUGAAGGAGGCCUUCGACAACAAUGACGAGGCCGAUGCUGCUUUCAUCAUGUUUGACAAGGACAUGAACGGCGAUAUCUCCAUGGAUGAGUUGGAGGCAGUCUGUGUCGAAAUUGGACGUGAGCGCAAGUCUAUCACUGCGUCUCUGAAGGAUCUUGACUCGGUGGUAUCGAGGCUGGAUAAUGUCCUCGAGUUCUUCGUGGUCGUGAUUGCCAUCAUCGUUUUCCUUUCCCUCAUUUCAACCUCCGCCGCCGGUGUGCUCACAUCUGCGGGCUCCACUGUCCUUGCUUUGUCGUGGCUCUUCUCCGCCACUGCCCAGGAAUUCCUUCAAUCGGUCGUCUUCGUUUUCGUCAAGCACCCAUUCGAUGUUGGUGAUCGUGUCACGAUUUAUGGUAACGCCGGUGAUGCCGGUCUGGGUGACGACUACUUUGUCAAGCAAAUCUCCCUCCUAUACACCGAGUUCAAGAAGAUGCAGGGUCACAUCGUCCAGGCGCCCAACAGUUACCUUAACGGUCUUUUCAUUCUCAACCAGCGCCGAUCGGGAGCUCUCGCCGAGGCAAUCCCCAUUGUCAUCAAGUACGGCACAACCCUUGAACAGAUCGAUGCCCUCCGCCAGCGCCUUCUCGAAUUCGUCCGGAGUGAACGCCGCGAGUUCCAAACCAACAUUCUUACCGAAAUGCGUCAAGUGACCGAGAAUUUCUCCGUGACCCUCAACGUUGUCUUCUUCUACAAGUCCAACUGGCAGAACGAAGGUCUCCGUCUGCAACGUCGCAACAAGUUCAUCUGCAUGCUCAUGAUUGCCUUGCAGGAGAUUGGCAUCGAGGGCCCUCGCAUGAACCUCCAGGGUGCCCGGGUCGACAUUCCUCUCCAUGUCACCGGUCUGGGCAACCAGAUGGCUUCCGGCAACGACGGUCGCCCUCCGCCUACGCCUUUGAGCGAACGAGGAGACGUCAGCGAGAACUCACCCUACAGCUCCGGUGCCUUGCGCCAUCCGUCGAUCCUCCGCAAAGGCGCUGCCACCGCUGCUGCCCGAGCCCGUGGCGACACCAUGCAGUCCCGCAAGCAUGUCGACUUCUCGCUGGGUAUGCGCGACGUCUCCUCGGGCGACGUGAUGGGUGACGUCUUCGAAGACCGCACCCAGCGAGUUGACGACGUUGUCCGUUUCGCCAACCGGGAGAAUGCCGAGCGCCGUAUCCAGGAAGAAGAGGAAGAAGAGACCGAGCGUCGUAGCCGCACCUCGUCCUCUCGCUCGCGACCUCGUGGCAACUCCAACCUCAGCGUUCCCUCCAACCACGAAGGCCGCCGGUCGACCGAAUCGCAGGGCGGACACAGCAUCGCUUCAUCCAUCAGCCGCAACCGUUUCUUCCGCCACCGCAACAGCCUUAACAGCCGUGAGCACGAAGACCUCGCUGAACAGGGACGAUUCGAGCAAAACGACGCCUUGACUCAGAUCCGCACGGCCUCGCCCUCCGGCAGGAGCCGCCAUUCGGAGCAACAGCUACGGUAG